CUAAAAUCGGAACUGUUCCUUUUUCAAAAUUUGCAAAUCUUUUUAAAAAUCAAAACACCCUGGAAUAAACUAAUCCAACGGUAGAAUAACCGACGUGUGUGCAAUCGUGCAUUUGGUCACGUAGGCCACUACUGGGCGUCGACGGUAAAAAAAACGUCGGCUCCAGUGGCAGUUGGCGUUUGCACCGCUACCGCUAACGGCAAAUUGACCGAUCGUUUAUUUGUCCGCCUAAUGUGUAAUCUCUAAUCUACUCCAGAGCGCCACUGCUGAAUCGGCGGCGACGGUCAAAUGUCCGCCGCGGCAAAAUCCGUCGUGUGUGCAACCGGCCUAACGUGCAGCUCCCACUGCUUCACACGUGGGGUCAACUGAGACCUGACAAGGCGCAACAUAGGAAAUCUGGUAACGUUUUUCGUGGUAGAAAAACGGCCGGCAACACUGUCAAUAUUGAUAGUGUCACUUGUCCCUCAUACGUCUUUCUUCAACGUCACCGCUCACCGCUGUCAAGCUGCCAUUUUUUCCUUUACCGCCAAAGAUGUGCCGAAGUGUGAAGUGGUUUGGAACAAUGCUGCUUCAUAAUAAUAUAGUUUCUGUCGCUCAUUUUUCAAGAUUGGAGUGGCUUAAAAUAAUACAGGUAAACCAUGGGUGAUGUUAACAGUGAAGCUGCUGAAGACCGGGAAUUCAACGUCGUCAACAAGGACUCGUUAAAAUUAUCAUGCACCUGUCAUAAUUGCAAUAAAUUACUGAAUGUCGAGCCUGUCUAUUUGGUUAAGGAAUCAGAAAAUGACAAUGCAAAUAUGUCCCUUACAGCCCAGAUUUGCGGUAGAUGCAAACAUGUGUUAAAGAAGUACCCCAAGGAGAAACAGUUGCGACAGUACGCGUACGAAAAUUUGGCACGAUUUUUGACUUAUCCAUGUUCCAACAAAAAGUCUGGAUGUACUGAAAUAUUGAAAUGGGACACUGUUUUGGAUCAUGAAAUAAUUUGUGAAUUCCAAAUGGUGGCAUGUCCUUUAUACUAUGAUGAUAUUUUUCCUAUCAAUAAAUGCAACUGGAAGGGAAAUGUUAGAAGCCUGAAUGAGCAUAUCAAACACACACAUAAGGAACAUAUAGUGGCAGCUCCAUGUUUUAGCUGGGCAUCUCCAAGACUAGAAAAUUCAAUAUUUUUUACACAUGUGGGAUGCCACUUAGUUACUGUGGUUGUUAAGUUUGAAGGUGAAGAUAAAUAUUAUUGCUUAAUAAUGAUAAAUGGGAAUGAUAUUGAGAGUCAGUGUUUCCGCUAUCAAUUAGAAUUGUUUGACGACAGUAAAGAAAACUCAAUUAUCUUACGGAAGGCUAAACUAGAACCACUAGGGUGCAUGUUGGACAACCUCAGAAAUCCUGAGGCUAUGUUGGAAAUAGAUAUAAGGAAAGUUAAAGAGAUGCUAAAAAAUACAAAAAGUAUUUUUGGGAGAUUUGGAAUUGUAAAGAAAAAAGUAAAGGAAAUUAUGCAAAUAAUUGGAACUAAAGAUCAUAACCUUUUAAAUGGAUAUGUAACCGUAAAAGAUAGGGAACCUGAGACAGAUGUUAGUAACUUGCUGCAGUUAGAUGAAACAUUGUUGCAAGAACUAGAAUGCCCUAUUUGUAAUGAAUACAUGGUGCCACCCAUUUUUAUUUGUGCCGCAGGUCAUAGCAUUUGUAGUGAGUGCAAAAACAAAAUUCAACUAUGCCCAAACUGCAGAUGUCCAUUGUCUAACGCAAGAAACUUCACAUUGGAAAAGCUGACUACCAAGGUUCCAUAUCCGUGUCGCAACCGGGAGAUUGGUUGUGCUUUCAUUUCCACCUCCAAUAAAAUUCGCAGCCAUGAACUUGGUUGCGAACUAACAGAAACCACUUGCAUCAUGGGAUCAACAAGGUGAUCAGCAGAAAACUGUUCACAAGGGUGAGUGAAACUGAUGCCCAAGACUUCAGUUUCGAGUCUUUUCCUACGUUGUCUAUACAAGCCAGCUUACCCAAGUUCUUUGUAAAUAUUUCCUACAAUUCCGUAAUAUAUUUAACUAAGCUCCGAAAAGGUAGUAUCAAGCCUCCAAAUUCAUCAUGGGCUAUUUUGGAUGUUAGAAAUAAAACUACACAUCACAUUUUUAUGAUAUCGCUUUUUUGACACUGGUAUACUCAUAAAUCAUACAUAAAUUUUGGAUGGACCUCUUUCGUCAAUUACACUUCGACCUGAAUUCCUGUAUGGAAAAACGUCCAAAUAUGCUAGAAUAGCAAUACUUGCCUAAAAUCAUCAAGGCACCGGAACAGCAUUUCCGUCCUUUAUUUUGCAUUCAGGCAUGCAGGACUACCUUGUCAUAGUGAAUCAGCCUGUCUGUCCAUCGACUACCUGGAUAGUUAUGGUACAGGAAGUAUAUUCGCAUCUGCUUAAAAAUAUAUUUUGAUUUUUCUUUUGUCGCAUAAUCUUAUUAAAAAAGGCCCCUUUUAAUAAAUCUGCGUGUUGCCAGACCUAAAAUUGCGUCAAAAAAUUGUUGUUUUUUUUCUAUUAAGGUUGUGCAAAGAUCCUAAUCAGAAUAUUUUUU